AUGGUAGCCCUCGAGACCGCCCCUCAUCCGACCCUCCCACGGUCAGAUAACCCCCUGGGCGACAUCACCGUUGUGUCCGCGGACCCGAGGGUUGAUAUCAAGCAGCUGAAGCGCGUGAAGUGUCCGGUGACGGGGGUGAUUGUCGAGGGUGACCCGGCCACCUGGGGGAAGACGUCGCGCGUGAACCUUGACAAGAUGCAGCGAACCGGGAGGAGCAGGCAACCGUACGUCAGGGAGACGCACGACAUCGUCAUACAGUCCAUCAGGAGUCUCGGGAGCACCGGCGCGCUGUUCACUUCCAACACCAACGAAAAGCGGGUGCCCGCGGGGACAGCGGUCUGGAGGGACCCCUUCGCGGAGUUUCGCAAGCCUUAG